CAAGAUUCCAUGUCAAAUUGACUAAACUUUUAUUAUCAUUGAAAUAACCAUUGAAUAACGAUUAUGGAAGGGGAAUAUACUACUUCUAAUUCCCCUAGACCUUCUUUAUCUUAUCCAGAAAUUGACUCAUGUAUAUUGAAUAUCGAAUCUACCAACCUUAGAAAUAGAACUGACUUUAAUCAAGAAACUCAAGUUGAAAGAGAUGUACUCUAUCCUCAUACUACUGAUCUUACAACUCGUUCCCAAACAACUAUAGACAAGGAAUCUCUGGACAACUUUUUACAUACAGAUGAUGAUGAUGACCUUCUCUCCAAAAGUGAUAUCAAGUUAGACUUUUUAUUAGAGGCAAGUCAAGACAAAUAUUCCCGUCGAUUCAGUGAUUUUGGUGAUAAUAUCCAUGACCCAUCCAAAGUUAAAAACAAGACAGAUCGAUACACUUAUUAUGAAGCAUCUACUGGUUCCUUGAAAAAUACAUCAUUGAAAGAACUGCUGAGCAGAUCAGUCACUGAUGAUGAAACUGUGGCAAAUUUAUUAGUGAAAUCAUCUUGUUGGUGGAUUGAUAUCUUUGCUCCUACAGAUCAGGAAAUGCGGAUCAUCAGCAAGAUAUUUAGGCUACAUCCUUUGACAACUGAAGAUAUCCAAGCUCAAGAAUCUAGGGAAAAGUGUGAAAUUUUUCAAAACUAUAUGUUUAUUAGUUUUCGAAGUUUCAACCACGAUUAUUCUAGUCAAGAUUAUUUGGAAGCUGUGAACUUUUAUAUUAUUGUUUUUAAGGAUGGUGUUCUUACUUUUCGAUUCCAACCUUUACCUCAUCCACAUAAUGUACGCAAACGUAUUCAUCUCUUACGAGAUUAUAUCACCAUUACACCAGAAUGGAUUAACUAUGCCCUAAUCGACAAUGUCACUGAUAGUUUUGCUCCUUUGAUUCAACACACGGAAUUGGAAGUGGACUCUAUUGACGAUUUAGUUUUAGUAUUGAAUGGAUCAGAACAAACUGAUAUGUUACGACGGAUUGGUAGUUGUCGAAAAAUGGUAAUGCAACUUUUACGACUAUUGGGACCAAAGGCUGAUGUAGUACGAAGUUUAAUCAAACGCUAUGAUGAUAAGACUAAAGAAAUCGAAUUCCUCAACAAGCGACGACAAAACUUGCAACAAGAUAAAACAGUGAUUAAUCCUCAUGUGAAUGAAAAUAAUCUCCAGCAUGAAAUUAUACUCUUUUUGGGUGAUAUCCAAGAUCAUAUUCAUACCAUGUUACAGAACGUGAAUCAUUAUGACCUAGUACUUGGUAGAGCUCAUAGAAACUAUUUAGGACAAAUCUCUAUUGAAUUAUCUCAAGCUGGUAAUAAUACAAACGAAGUGAUUAAUCGACUGACUUUUUUGGCAACCUUGGUGGUACCUCUCAAUUUGGUGGCAGGUCUAUUCGGAAUGAACGUCCAUGUGCCUGGUUCCGAAGAACAUGAUUUGGCUUGGUUUUUCUGGAUUGUGAUGGGAAUGGGAACCUAUGUUACUUUUAUGUUAGCUUUUGGAAAAAGGUUUAAUUUUUUGUAGAAUGAAAUAAAAUAUGUUUAUAAUAAUGAAUUUGCC